GCGCGUUCUGCCUCGAGACACGAAAAAAUGGCGUCGGAGUUUCGCCACUGUAAAAGUAUCACGCGAAACACCACGAAUUAAGAAUAGAACACGUUUAUAUGUACUGCGAUAACGUGUGGUAUUGAAAUUAUUUUCAGACCCGUUCGGAUUCUCUUCCCAUCGGUACUCGCCGAUGAAAUUCUAAUCGCUCGCAAAUAUUCUUAGAGCGACGAUGAAAAUAGGGCUGCACGGAUGUCGAGAGCAGGCGAUGAGACAUUGGUAGACACAGUGAUAAAUAACAGUGUAACGCUGUCAUAGGAGCCCUUGUAGUAUAUACAAGCGAUCUAUGAUGGAUUAUACAACCGUAGUCGAGCAAGCUGUCAAGCAGUUCUAUGCAGAGGGAAACAACGAAGUGCACUCUUGGCUCAUACGGGUUCAAGCCUCCCCAGAGGCUUGGACGUUCGUCUGGGACCUCCUCGAUCCUUCCAAGGCAUGGGAGGUCCAAUUCUUCGCUGCUACGACAUUGCACAUCAAAAUUUCCAAACAGUGGGACGAAGUGCCUAGUAAUGAAUACCCUGCUCUGCAGGAGCGCUUGCUCAAUAUCAUGAAACAACCAAAUACGCCCAAGUUUGUCCUUUCCAAACUCUGUCAAACGUUAGCUGUAUUCGUGGCGAAAGCCAGUGCUGUCGAGAACGAGGACGAAGAUAAGAACGUAGUCGACGAUAAGAAUGUGGUCGACGAACUCAUGAGAAUGUUACCCUACGACUCGCUCCCCAUGUUGGAAUUGUUACUACGUACGCUGUCUGUGUUACCAAUAAAGUCUGAAAGGAGGUACGAAGCAAAAGGAGCAAAGUUACCUAAAAGUCUAGUUUAUGGUUGGUACAAAACAACCUGGCUCCUUCAGCAAGUUUUCUCCAUGUGCAACCCACACUCCCCAGACUGUGACAAGGCGUUACAUCUCUUAGCAAUGGAGUGCGCAUUAUCGUGGCUGAAGGUUGAUCAACUUCCACUGGAUGCAACUGCACAGAUAUAUCCUCAUUUACUCGUCGCUGCAGCUUAUUAUGCCCCAAGCAGAGGAUGUCCCGAAGAGGAAAAUUCCAAAGGUUGGGAUAUUGUCCAACAAUGUUUGAUUAUGAUAGUGUCUCAUUGCGAACUUAGAAACAGGCCACAGACGUUGUGGGACUGGGCACAGAGCCUGGUGACCAUGGCCAGACAGUACAACAGAAAGUAUUUCUGCGAAAUUCUCACUGCCAUCGGAGAGAAUCACAGCAGAGAGUUUCUGAUCGCUUUAGUGAAAGAAGGAAACGAAACGCGGAAAUGGACAUCGGAGAAUCUGAUCGAGCUACUUUUGCAAUGUUCAGAGCAAGAGGGACGGUACCCAACGGAUGAAACUCGCAGCAAUAUACCUUUUCUAUUUUGGUACGGGUUACAAGACGACGCCGCCACCCUCGACCAACCUUACGAGAGCUGCGCCCUGCAGGCCCUAAAACCCAUUUACGCUAGACUAGCUCAAGCGUUGCUGCGCAAAUCGACGCUUCCCUUGACUCCCAGCGAGGCGGGAGACGCGGAGGAGCGGGAGCGAUUCAGGUGUUACAGACAGGAUCUAUCGGACACCUUGGAUUACUGUUACAGGGUGUUACGACAGGAUCUACUGGUACUUCUUGGGCAAAGAUUGAGUCAGUCGCUGGAUGGUACAGAGAAGUGGGCAGAUGUGGAGUCAACGUUGCAUGCCUUCGAAGCUCUGGCUGAUAGUGUUGGCACAGAGGAGUCGCAUUACAUUCCUGCCCUGAUGGAUCUGAUUCUCACUCAUAUUCCGUACGAUCUCUAUCCUGGAGAGGUCCUAGCAUGCGCCUGUUCCGCGAUGGGAGCGUACGCGGAGUGGAUAGGAGCGCACCCCGAUCCCUGGCUAGAAAGAGCCCUGCGAAUCGUGACUCUGGGUCUAACCAGAGGCUCUAUCACGGCUCCCCUCGCCAGCAUGGCCCUGAAAGAUCUGGCGAGGGAGUGCGGACAACACCUAACCCCUUUCGCGCCGUCUAUCCUCAACACGAUAGAGCAAACGCUUCCAAACGUUACACCGGGAGGCGGGGAAGGUCUGCGACUGAUGUACGCCGCCGGGAAAUUAUUGAACACUCUAACCACCGCUGACGAGCAGCUAGCCCACCUCGACGCCACGUUAGGCUUGUGCAUAAUUAAAAUACGAGAGUUGUUAAAGCAACCGCUGUUCGUGGCGCGUAGCGCGGUGACAAAGCAAUUAAAAAUGGUCAGCAUAUUCUUUUCCACCCUGGAAACGUCCAUUGGGAAGGCUGUGCUGGACGGGCUCCUGCCUAUAUUCAAUCAGAUCGUUGGCCACCCUGAAUGGGGCCAGGACAAUUCCACGCUGGAAGAGAUGUACAUUUGCGCGAAGAAAUCACUGCCUUCGUUGUUGCACCCCGAAGUGGACGCUCGACCUCUCCUCCCCAUUCUGGCCGGCUCGUACAAGACCUGGCCCCAUCCUGCCGCGUUGGAUCUCCUCAAACAACUCGUGCUGCUGUUUGGCAGGGACCCUGACAACAUCAUAAGGCCAAUUUUCGCGGAGCUGAGCUCGGUCACGCUGAGUGGCGUCAGAGCCUGCAGAUCGGUGCGUGGUAAUCUCUCCGAUUGGGCGGAGUUGAUGGAAGCCUACCUUGGCCUUCUCGCUCAGAUUUGCAAGAAGAACAUCAGGUUGCUGCUGCAGAUACCCGAGCAGAUCCCCGAGAUGCUGCAAUGCGGGAUCGAUUGCUUAACGUUACCGGAAACUAGGACCGUUAAGGCAGCCGUGAGCUUCCUCAGUCACGCCAUCAAACAGAGCCCAUACUUGGAAACCUUCAUCCAACCGAUUGGCCAGGAACUCGUUUCUGUGAUCUUGCAAUGCGUUGGUGGACUGGUGUCGAGGAACAAUUUAGAGCCCCACGCGGAAGUUUUGUUGUCGUUGAACAGAACGUGCACGGAACGGAUGGCGCAGUGGAUUCUCGUCGCGUUCGAAAUGCACUCGGACGCGUUUCCGGCCUCGCAAGUACAAAAGGCGAACUUUACACGCAUGGUUCUGAGGGAACGACAGAACUCGAGGCGAAUGCACGAGAUCCUGUGCGACUUCGCCGCUCAAAAUCUGUCUAUGACGAAGAUAUAAUAACGAGCAAAUAAA